AUGAAGUGGAUGGGUGCGCUUUUCAUGGGCGUUGCUGGCGUCUAUGCUCAAACCGCCGGUGUGCCCGGUACGAUCAACGUUGGCAACGGCCAGACUGCCGCCACGUUCCCAUCGGGACUGGGAGGACUUUCAACCGGUACCACCGCGGUGUUUACGCCCGGUGCGGCAUCGUCGGCUUCGGUUUCGCCGUACUACGUUGCGACGGAUGCUGCUCAGUCGUCGACGCUCGCUUCGCUCAACACGCACUACUCGCAGGCCAUCUCGGCUGCCACCCCCACAACAGGCCCUCCCACCGGCAUCUCCACUGGCGUCCCAGGCGGCUUUACAGGAACCAACACGGUCUCGAUCCUCGACGGUCAGAUCACAACCAUCCCCAAUGCCGCAACUACCUACACGGGUCCAAGAUCCACCACCGCCUCAGCCGCAGGCGCUUCCAGCAAUGCGCUCGCCAAUUUCGAUACCAAGCCAGUGUCGGCUAUGGCAGCAGUCUCCUUCAUCGCAGUCGCAGCCGCUGCCUACAUGCUCUAG